AUGUCAUCUGAUUACCUCAGCAUCCAAGCUACCAGCAUUGCAUGCGAACAAGCCUUUUCGAUAGCUGGCAAUACUAUUUCAAGAACUUGUAACCACCUUCAUCCUGAAACAGCAAGAGCAU